UUCUCUCAACUCACAGGGCGUCUCUCUCACUGAGCUACAAAGCGUUUGCAAUGUCUGCAACUAAAUCCGGGUCAAGGAAGCGGGCUUCCGAAUCCGAACUCACGAAAACCGAUAAGAACAACCGAUCAACAAAUGAUAAUUUCGAUCUCGAUUUGGAUUUCGAUCUCUCAGAUGACAUCAAAGGAAUCGUGUCCGCGUUGCACCUGAUCAGAGACAAGGCUCAGAAGGAUGGUCAGAAGAAGAACGAAGAGACAAUUUCCAGUGUGGGUUUUGAGGUUAAGUCUAUGAUCGAGGGAUUGAGGUCAAAAAUUGAGAAGGACAGGCAAAGCAUUACUAAAGCACUUUCGAAGAGUUCCAAAGAGUACGAAAGUUCCUUGAAGAGUGAAACUACCAAGUUUCAAGCACUUCACGAGAAUUUUUGCAAAGAGAAAACCACUUCUCUGCAGGCACUGAAAGAUAUUAUCUCCAAAUUUGAAGAGGAAAAGGAAAAACUAUUUGUGCGAUACGAACAACUGAGGAAGAAAGAAAGAAUUAUGAUAUCUGAACAAGAAAAGGCCUGCAAUGAGAAAAUUUCCCAACUGGAAGAGUCAUUGAAAAAGAAGAAACAGGACGAUAAAACUUUCAGCAUUCUUAGAAAAACACUUGGUUCGUUCUUGGAAAGUACCUCGGACGAGGAAUUCCCACCUGAUGACUAAGACUGCAAUGCGCAGAUCGUCUGAUGUGUAAAAAUCACUGAUUCUAUUAAUUUCACUGGAAAAUGUGAUCAUAGAUAAACUCAAGAUGAACUCUCUUUACACAGUUCACUUUAAUCUCUUAUAACAACCAAACCAGGUGUUAAAAAUAGU